AGCAGUGAGUCACGAUGCCUCCAGCCGCAGAAGAAACAGGAGAGGAACUGCCCACAGCUCGCAGUUCAGUAUGUGCUUGAGAUUCGUGGAGGUAAACAAACUUCUGUGUGUCAACUAGUUUGAUUUUAAAAUGUCUGGAAGCACUGAAAACCUGCAGCAACUGAAGGAGGGGGCGAAACGCUGCAUCGACCUGGCCCAGGACAAGCUCCACGCGUUAAGUCUAGAUAUCUGGAGCUGUCCGGAACUGGCCUACCAAGAAAUCCAUGCUCAUGACAGGCUGGUGGACUUUUUCACUCGAGAGGGAGGCUGGGAAGUGGAAGCACACUACAAACUAGACACGGCGUUUAGAGCCUUGUGGGGUUCGGAGAGCAGCCAAAAGGGUCCUGUGGUGCGGGUGGGUUUCCUUUGCGAGUAUGACGCAUUGCCCGGAAUAGGACACGCGUGUGGACAUAACCUGAUCGCAGAAGUUGGCGUGGCGGCUGCCCUGGGACUGCGAGGGGCUCUACAGGAUAACCCGCAGCUCCCCGUACAGGUGGUGGUGUUGGGGACCCCUGCCGAGGAGGAUGGGGGAGGGAAGAUUGACCUGUUGCAGGAAGGAGCCUUUGACGGACUUGAUGUGGUGUUUAUGGCACAUCCAUCCAAGGAGGACGCAGUGUACCUGUCGUGUGUAGCAGAGCAUGAUGUGACUAUCAGGUACCAUGGAAAGGCCUCUCACGCCUCAGCUUACCCCUGGGAGGGAGUGAAUGCUUUGGAUGCUGCUGUUCUGUGUUAUAACAACUUGUCAGUGCUCCGACAGCAAAUGAAGCCUACCUGGAGAGUGCAUGGGAUCAUCAAACAUGGUGGACUCAAGCCAAACAUCAUCCCUGCAUACACCGAGCUGGAGUACUACCUGAGGACUCCAUCCAGAGCUGAGCUGCCCCUGCUCAAACAGAAAGCUGAAGGCUGUUUCAGGGCUGCAGCUGUAGCCACAGGUUGUCAGGUCCAAGUGGAGUUUGCAAAGAAUAGGUUUGACAAUAUGCUCCGAAUCCCCACACUGGAGCAGCUGUUCCAGGCCAAUGGGACCGCCCUGGGAAUGAACUUGAAUGUGGAUGAAGAGGUCCUUGCAAAUGAGUCUGGUUCCACAGACUUUGGAAAUGUGACUUUCAAGGUUCCUGGGAUACAUCCAUACUUCUACAUUGGAUCAGAUGCUCUGAACCACACUGAGGAAUACACAGAGGCUGCAGGGGACAAGAGGGCUCAGUUCUACACCCUCAGGAUUGCCAAAGCCCUUGCCCUGACUGCCCUGGACCUACUGAUGAAUCCGAAGCAACUGGAGUGUGUCCGACUGGAGUUCACACAGGCUAAAGACAGGGAAACUGAGAAGGAGCGCUCACUGCUGGCUGCUCUUACAGUAGGAGCUGGUGCUGGAUCCUCUUGAGAGCUACAGCUGUGUGAAUGAGUAAAAUACAAUGUGGCAAAGGAGAAAUUCAAUUUGUCAACUGGACAAAGUUUAUUUGGUCGAAUACGUUUCGCAGCUCAUCCAAGAUGCUUCUUGAGUUCUGGUCAGACGCUGGUGGGUACUUCCUUAUAUCUGUCUAACACACCUCCUUGUUUACAGUUUCUGUUAGUUAGCUAGGCCUAUUGAACUUGCACUGUGUGAAAUCAUAUAAGCAUAACCUUUCAGGGCCAUAAUGGGUGCUUUCACACCUCUGGGCCUGACCUGGCUACAGCUAUUGUUCUCUUGUUUGUUUUGAUUUAGGUUUGAGGAUAGAUUUGUAAAUAGGAGAUAGAUGGUGUUUGAGAUUGCCAUUUCUGUUUAGAGAAGCACUGUCUGAAAAGUACAAUGUGAGCAUUUGCAGCACAGUGCACUCCAAAUGUGGGUGGGAGCAGGACAACACAAAAAAGCAUUAAACGUCAGCAUCACACUUUUUUUCUCUCAAUUUGAUCCAACUAUUCAUCCAUCUUAUGGAGUUCAGUGUGCUUUCUCAGAAGUCUUUAGUACACUUCCUGUUUCUGUCUAUUAUAAUAAAUAAAAAAUAUUUCAUUUUAAUCCUUGUUUUAAUGGAGAGAUUAAGACUGCUAUUUUGGUCGAGAUCCAGAAACAAGUUUUCUCAUAAUCAGGAACAGAGCAGGGCGAUUUGAAUAAAAGAUUAAGCUCACUUGUUUCUUGUUUUUCCAUGGUUCUGUUCAGAAUGUGGCAGAUUCUGAAGAGGCUAAUCCUAUUUUUUUACAAGGUUUUGUUCACAGUGACAUGUUGGCUCUCUGAGUUUUUUGUCUGCAUAUUACAACGUUCCAAAUUUGACCUAAGCCACAGCAGAUGUCACAGAACAUUACAUAAGAAUACUUGAACGGAAGUAUUAUCAGCCUCUCACUAUUGUAAAUAUGAUUGUUAUCAUCUUCCCCAAAGUGAAACAGUGCCACAGACUUAUGAAAAAUAAACAUUUUAAUAAAAACAUUCCUUAUCA